AUGUAUACAUUAUUACAUGGUUUUUAUAAAUACGUUGUCCAGAAGGACGAAUAUUGUGUUUUGAUUUUAGGUCUUGAUAAUGCAGGGAAAACGACAUAUUUGGAGGCCGCUAAAACGAAAUUUACUAAAAAGUAUAAAGGUAUGAAUCCCAGUAGAAUUACUACAACAGUUGGUCUUAAUAUAGGAAAAAUAGAUGUUGAAGGAAUAAGACUUAAUUUUUGGGACCUCGGUGGACAACAGGAAUUGCAGUCUUUGUGGGAUAAAUACUAUGCUGAAUGUCAUGCUGUCAUAUAUAUAGUUGAUUCUUCUGAUAGAGAACGAGUAUCUGAAUCUAAAGAAACCUUUGAUCGAAUGAUAGCAUCAGAACAUUUAUCUGGGGUUCCAUUACUUGUGCUAGCAAAUAAACAAGAUAUUCCAGACUGUAUGGGAGUACAUACAGUUAAACCUAUUUUCAACCAGAAUGCCCAUCUCAUUGGUGCCAGAGAUAUCAUGCUUAUGGCAACAUCUGCUUUAACUGGUGAUGGAGUGGACGAAGGUAUUAGGUGGCUCGUCGACUGUAUAAAGAGGAACAACGUCGAUCGCCCACCGCGAAACCACGAAGACAACCUCUAG